GGCGGUGUCGGUACAGACAGCGGACGUAGCUUUUCGAGACAACCGGAAGUCAGUCUGCUUGCAUAGCUAACUUGAGUGGAGUACUUUUUUCGGUUUAUGUAGAUUAUAUCUUGUGAAAACAUGCUGUCGAGAUUUAAAAACAUUCCCACACAUAUGGACUAUAAGGGCCAGAAGUUAGCUGAACAGAUUUUUCAAGGAAUUAUACUUAUCUCUGCGGUGAUUGGGUUCAUCUACGGUCUGAUCAUCCAGCAGUUUGGGUGGACGGUGUACAUAGUAUUGGGAGGCUUUGCUGUGUCUUGUGUGUUGACCCUGCCACCGUGGCCCAUGUACCGGAAAAAUCCUCUGCCCUGGCAGCCAGUUGUACCUGAGAGCAGUGGAGAAUCUCCCCCAAAGCCUCAGGAAACCAUCAAGAAGAAGAAGCAUAAAUAACUCAUUACCUAUCCCCAGUUUGACCCAGUUUUGUAUGAGGAAUCAAAUAUAAAUUUCUCUUAUAAUUCACAAUAAAAGUGUUUGCACAGUAAAA